CUCAUUUCAUUGCCCCCCAUUCCCCCACUCUCUUUUGCCUCGUCUGAUAAUCAUGUCUGCUUCGACUCAUGUCCUUGACAAUGCUUUGGAUGCAGUUGGCAAUACACCGCUCAUCCGACUUGACAAGAUCCGUAGCCGCGAAGGCCUUCGCUGCAAUCUCCUGGGCAAGGCCGAGUUUUUCUCCGCAGGAGGCUCCGUGAAAGACAGAAUCGCAAAACGUAUGGUUGAAGUUGCCGAAGCUGAAGGGAAACUCAUUCCCGGAAAGAGCGUCGUGAUCGAACCGACGUCAGGGAACACUGGGAUCGGCCUUGCUAUGGCUUGUGCCAUAAAGGGAUAUUCGGUGAUUAUUACUCUGCCUGAGAAAAUGUCACUCGAGAAAGAGGCAACCUUGCGUGCACUCGGUGCAGAGGUCGUCCGUACUCCGACCGCGGCAGCUUGGGAUUCUCCAGAGUCUCUCAUAGGAGUGGCACAUCGCCUUCAACGCGAGAUACCCCAUGCAAUAAUAUUGAAUCAGUACGGUAAUGUCAACAACCCCCAAGCGCACGAGUACACGACGGGACCGGAGAUUAUAAAUGCUAUCGUCAAUACGCCGUCAUCUUCGUCUAGGCCCUCAAGUGGUUUGGUAGAUGUUUUCAUCGGUGGAGCAGGGACUGGUGGAACAGUCACAGGUGUUUCCCGUGCUCUGAAGAAGCAACACAAUCCUAACUGCACCAUCGUUGGCGUUGAUCCUAAAGGCAGUAUCCUUGCUGUUCCGGAUACUUUAAAUGAGCCGGGCCGAGGUCAGUCCUAUGUCGUGGAAGGCAUUGGUUACGACUUUGUUCCCGACGUACUCAACCGCAGGGACGUGGAUGCCUGGAUCAAGACUGAUGAUGUCGACGCAUUUGCUGCCGCCCGCCUACUCAUGCGCGAAGAAGGCUUGCUUGUCGGUGGAAGCAGCGGAAGUGCAUUGGCAGGGGCGCUACGUUGGCUCAAGUCCCCAGAAGGACAGUCAAUCGCGCAAGCAGAGGGCAAGAAUGUUGUCGUUCUGUUACCCGACGGAAUCCGGAACUAUAUGAGCAAGCCAUGGUUCUUGCAAAUGACGAUGGGGGCUGAACCGUCGCCACUGGCUAAACAAAUUAAGGCCAUCCUCAAACCAGAGGUGAAUGGAGCAUAACUUAAACGUUAUUCCUGGAAUUCAUUGGAACUUUCUUAUUUAACGGUUGUUGUACUCAAGUCAUGUCUGUAGACUGUAGAAUCAUGAGUAUACACGGUGC